CCGACCAAAAACCCGAAAACACCAAAAAACACAGGAAGAAGAAGAAGAAAAACGCAACGCUUGCUGAUCCGGUCGCAAGCAGAGGCGCACAGCACAGCAGCAAAAGAAUAAUCUGUUUGCCCUUUUCUCUUAUUUUUCUUGGGCCUUUCUUUUUUUCCCUUCAUCUGCUCUGAUUCUGAGCUCAACGAUGGCCACGCUUUCCCUCCCGAAGCACUCCCUCCCGUCUCUGCUCCCACCUCAGACGCCCAGAACCCAAUCUCCCCGGACCCCAACGUUCUUGCCUAAGUCGACGCAGUCUCAGUUCCACGGCCUUAAGCUGUCCAAUUCCUCCUCUCCCUCCGUCCCUUCUUCCUUCUCCGCCAAGAGCACCGUCUUUGCCAAGGUGAACAAAGGCCAAGCCCCGCCAGCCUUCACGCUGAAGGAUCAGGACGGCAAGACCGUGAGCCUCUCUAAGUUCAAGGGCAAGCCCGUCGUCGUCUAUUUCUACCCUGCUGACGAGACGCCAGGAUGCACCAAGCAGGCCUGCGCUUUCAGGGAUUCUUAUGAGAAGUUCAAGAAAGCAGGAGCUGAGGUGGUUGGAAUCAGUGGGGACGACUCGUCUUCGCAUAAGGCAUUCGCCAAGAAGUAUAGACUUCCAUUCACAUUGCUCAGCGAUGUCGGGGAUAAGGUCAGGAAAGAUUGGGGAGUCCCCUCGGAUUUAUUCGGGGCAUUGCCUGGAAGACAGACUUACGUACUCGACAAGAAUGGUGUGGUUCAGCUCAUUUACAACAACCAAUUCCAACCUGAGAAGCACAUCGAUGAGACCUUGAAGUUCCUUCAGAGUGCCUGAUGAGCCAUAGUAACUAUGAUGACAGUUUGUCCUUCCCGAUUUCUUGUUGAUUUAUGUAAACUGUAAUUUGGCCCUUCAAUGACAUGAUCUACGAUUCUUAAGUCGGUCUUGUACGGAUCAAGGACUAGAAUGAUCUUAUUCGGGUUUGUAGUAAGGACAUGCAAUCCAGACAAGCCUAAUACAACAUUUACUAUGAUCCUUC